UGACGCACUGCAUGACGUGCAGGUCAGAGUUCAUGGUGGAGAAACAUGGCGGCCUCCAGAGGAACAGUGGUGUUAAAGGCGAUAAAGAAGAUCGUCGUUCAGUUUUGCCCUUUUGAAGCCAAUGUUCGAGCCACACGAGACUUUCUCGUCGUGGUUGGAUCGGAAAAGGCCAGGUCUACAAACAUGAACUGUGAAGUUGUAGCAGAAGUGAAACACGACCGGUCAGAUCCUGUGAUCGACAUCACAUUCAUGGAUGGUGAAAGGUUACUGAUGAAAGGAGCCAAUCUGACAAGCCAAGAGAUGCUUUCAGCCCUACAGACAAGAUGCAUUGCUAAAGACCCUCAGUCCAAAGCCACAGGGAAGAAGUAGUGGUGUUCUCUGUUUGUAUAUGCUUUUUGUUUAUUUAUUAGCUUUUCAUUUAAUAAAAAUCUCAAUUUCUAAA